AUGUACAGAGACAAAGAUCCUUGGCGCGAUGGUUCAACUCUUCCCAUCGCAACCACCCGAGAUACCUACAAAAAGGACAUUGCAAGUUCUGUGGGUGCUCCUGCAUGGGAUGUAAUGGAGCACAAGGUCCUCAGGUUCUUUGCCUACUUUAACGAGCACGUUGACGAAUCAAGACUGGAGAAUUACCGCAGCAGGCCUGUCGAAAUCUUAUACUACCUUGAGGAUGACACUAUGGCCGUCGUCGAGCCCAAAAUCGACAACAGCGGCAUGCGCAGUGGCACAUUAAUCAAGAGGCAUCGUUUCCCAAGGGCAGAUGAAACAGAGAAGCUUGUGUCUCCGGCAGACCUGCGCGUUGGCACAACUUUCAUUGCAUACGGGAAAACGUUUGCACUGACUGCCUGCGAUGCAUUCACUAGGGAGUGGUAUAGGAAGUCUGGCAUGAGCCAGCCUUCUGACUACAGCUCAGACUUUCCGGGUAGCGUACACCCGAAUCAGUUGAAAGACAGCAAGGGUGAUGCAUCACUAUAUGUCAGUGUCAAGCCCACCACAGACGACUUCCACAAGCGCAUCGAUAGCCCUGAGCCGGUCUGCAGAUUUUAUGCAUACUUCGACGACAAUUUCACGAACAAGCUCGAGAGGCGAAUGUACACGAUAUUAUACUUUCCCAGGUAUUCCUGA